CUUCUUGUCCACCAGCUGUGGUCGCUGCUGAGUAGCGCUUGUCUUCCGGCUCAUAACAGAUCAGCUGAUUAAGGUGCCUCUGUCAAGAGGAAACCUCACGAAUUGUAAUUUAGGCUUAUUGAAUGGCAGCUAUGAAAAUAAUUACGCAUUAGAAACACUACAGACAGCUAUAUUUUAACUGUUAACGGGCCACAUUUGAAUACACGGCUGCACCAGUGCUGUAACCAUGACAGAGUUUUGGUUGAUCUCCGCACCUGGAGAGAAGACCUGCCAGCAAACAUGGGAUAAAAUGAUGGCAGCCACACGCACUAACAACCUCUCCACCAACCACAAGUUCAGCAUCCCAGACCUCAAGGUUGGGACACUAGAUGUCUUGGUCGGACUGUCGGAUGAACUGGCCAAAUUAGACUCAUUCGUUGAAAGUGUGGUGAAGAAGGUAGCUCAGUACAUGGCCGAUGUGCUGGAGGACAGUCGAGACAAAGUACAGGAGAAUCUGCUGGCCAAUGGAGUUGAUCUUGUCACCUACAUCACAAGAUUUCAGUGGGACAUGGCAAAAUAUCCCAUUAAACAGUCACUUAAAAAUAUCUCUGAAAUCAUCUCAAAGCAAAUAACCCAAAUUGACAAUGACCUGAAGACCAGAGCAUCAGCGUAUAACAACCUGAAGGGAAACCUGCAGAAUUUAGAAAGGAAGAAUGCGGGGAGCCUGCUGACCAGGAGCCUGGCUGACAUUGUCAAGAAGGAAAACUUUGUGCUUGACUCAGAGUAUCUUAUCACUCUGCUGGUAGUUGUACCAAAGACAGCAUACGCUGACUGGGAGAAGACGUAUGAAACACUUGCUGAGAUGGUGGUGCCUCGAUCCUCAAAUCUGCUGUUUCAGGACAGUGACAGCGGACUGUUCAGUGUGACCCUAUUUAGGAAAGCCAUUGACGACUUCAAACACAAAGCCAGGGAGAACAAGUUCACAGUGAGAGACUUUCAGUACAAUGAAGAGGAGAUGAAGGCAGACAAAGAGGAGAUGACACGGCUCUGCACCGACAAGAAGAAGCAGUUUGGCCCACUUGUUCGAUGGCUGAAAGUGAACUUCAGUGAAGCCUUCAUUGCAUGGAUCCACAUUAAAGCACUAAGGGUCUUUGUGGAAUCAGUCUUAAGAUAUGGGCUGCCGGUGAACUUUCAGGCCAUGCUGCUGCAGCCAAACAAGAAGACCAUGAAGAGGCUGAGGGAGGUACUCAAUGAUCUGUACAAACACCUGGACAGCAGUGCAGCAGCUAUCAUUGAUUCUGCAAUGGACAUCCCCGGCUUAAACCUGAGCCAGCAGGAGUAUUAUCCUUACGUCUACUACAAGAUUGAUUGCAACCUGUUGGAGUUCAAGGUUUAGUGCGUUUCCUAUUGUCUUUAUGUUGAAUAGGUAUGUUUUCUCUGGUCAAACUGCAGCCCCUUCUCUUCCUGCUGUCCUCGCCCUCCUCCUCCUCACAGUUGACUUACCCUAUCAGCUGCUUGAGUGACAGUGCUGCAUGGUCAUUCUUUGUGGUGAAAAGACUCGUCAUCAAGCUUCUACCACUUUUACAACCAAGGGGCAAAAACAACUUUUAAAUAUUGUUUUCAUUUACAGUUUGUCUUUCACACAAAAUAAUUUGCUUUUUUGAUGUGAAAAUGAAAUCAUACUGGAGAGUUGUAUAUUUACCGUGUCAUUCCACAUGUGCCGGCGUGCGCUGAUAGCUACAUCUCGAUGUCCAGAGAUUUGUGUUUACAUAGGGGUAGUUAUGGCAACCAGCCCUGCGUGUUUCUGAGGUUGUAGAUAUUGUGAAACAAAGGUGUUAGAUGAGUGUGGGUGUUGUUGUCUUAUGCUGUGCAUAUUUGCUGUCAAAAACCCCUAUCUAAUAUGUAAGAUGACUGAAUAAAUCAUAUCAAAUGUUUGUCAUA